AUGAGCGAGUUUGCUCAGUCGAAACGUGGACAUGAAGAAGAUGGUGUCACCCAGCCUGCAAUUACUGAUACUCCUAGUCUUUGUGCUAGCGUCGAAUCCUGCAGACGCAACAUGGGUGAGCCUAGAUCAUUUUUACUAGAAAAGCAUCAUUCAUGUGAAGCAACUCAGUACUGGAAUACUGCAACCAAACACUGCGAAACGAUUCCAGGGGGUGGUCAUUUUAUAUCAGAGACAAGGAAAUCAUGCGGAGAAGAUGUUACCCACCCCCAUUCGCAGAGACCUCGUCACUAUUAUUACUGUAUUUCGGAAAUGAGAAUCGAAGCGGAAUGCAAAUCAUCUAAUUAUGUACAUAGUUUUAAAUCAUGCAUAGAUGCAAUUAAUCCUGAUGAUAAAAUCACCAUUCAAAUGAAUAAUGGCGUUGGAAAUAAUAUGACACUGCCGCCUUGCAAAACCGCUGGUAUCUUUGCAAUAAAAGAUAACUGUACCUUCUUCUACAUAUGCCACACCAAUGGAACAACAUUUUUUCAGCAAAAAGUCCCGUGUCCACCCAGAACAGUUUUUGACGAUGAUAAAAAAAUGUGUGUAUUCAUAACGCCCUGUGACAAAAAAAACAAACAUUGUAUGAAUUACGCAAAAACGACAGUCAUGCCAUCGAGUACAGAGAGAACAUCGACUACUGAUGAACCAAUCUCGACGAAUACAGAAGAAGGUUCGACAAGCACUACAAGCUCGACAACUACCGAUGGUUCAACAACUACCGAUGGUUCGACGACCAGCGAAAGCUCCACAACUACCGAAGGAACAACGACUACCGAAGGAUCAACAAUCACUGAAGGCUCGACAACUACCGUUGGUUCAACAACUACCGAUGGAACAACGACUACCGAAGGUUCAACGACCACCGGAGGAUACCCAACUACUGAAGGCUCGACAACUACCGAUGGUUCAACGACCAGUGAAAGCUCAACAACUACCGAUGGUUCGACGACUAGCGAAAGCUCAACAACUACCGAAGGAACAACAACUACCGAUGGUUCAACGACUAGUGAAAGCUCAACAACUACCGAUGGUUCAACAACUACCGAUGGUUCGACGACCACCGAAAGCUCAACAACUACCGAAGGAACAACAACUACCGAUGGUUCAACGACCAGUGAAAGCUCGACAACUACCGAUGGUUCAACAACUACCGAUGGUUCAACAACUACUGAUGGAUCAACAAUCACUGAAGGCUCGACAACUACCGAUGGUUCAACAACUACCGAUGGUUCAACAACUACCGAUGGUUCGACGACCACCGAAAGCUCAACAACUACCGAAGGACCAACAACUACCGAUGCUUCAACAACUACCGAUGGUUCGACGACCACCGAAAGCUCAAUAACUACCGAAGGAACAACAACUACCGAUGGUUCAACAACUACCGAUGGUUCGACGACCACCGAAAGCUCAACAACUACCGAAGGAACAACAACUACCGAUGGUUCAACGACCAGUGAAAGCUCGACAACUACCGAUGGUUCAACAACUACCGAUGGUUCAACAACUACCGAUGGUUCAACAACUACCGAUGGUUCGACGACCACCGAAAGCUCAACAACUACCGAAGGAACAACAACUACCGAUGGUUCAACAACUACCGAUGGUUCAACAACUACCGAUGGUUCGACGACCACCGAAAGCUCAACAACUACCGAAGAAACAACAACUACCGAUGGUUCAACGACCAGUGAAAGCUCGACAACUACCGAUGGUUCAACAACUACCGAUGGUUCAACAACUACCGAUGGUUCAACAAGUACCGAUGGUUCGACGACCACCGAAAGCUCAAUAACUACCGAAGGAACAACAACUACCGAUGGUUCAACAACUACCGAUGGUUCGACGACCACCGAAAGCUCAACAACUACCGAAGGAACAACAACUACCGAUGGUUCAACGACCAGUGAAAGCUCGACAACUACCGAUGGUUCAACAACUACCGAUGGUUCAACAACUACCGAUGGUUCAACAACUACCGAUGGUUCGACGACCACCGAAAGCUCAACAACUACCGAAGGAACAACAACUACCGAUGGUUCAACAACUACCGAUGGUUCAACAACUACCGAUGGUUCGACGACCACCGAAAGCUCAACAACUACCGAAGAAACAACAACUACCGAUGGUUCAACGACCAGUGAAAGCUCGACAACUACCGAUGGUUCAACAACUACCGAUGGUUCAACAACUACCGAUGGUUCAACAAGUACCGAUGGUUCGACGACCACCGAAAGCUCAACAACUACCGAAGGAACAACAACUACCAAUGGUUCAACAACUACCGAUGGUUCAACAACUACCGAUGGUUCGACGACCACCGAAAGCUCAACAACUACCGAUGGUUCAACAACUACCGAUGGUUCGACGACCACCGAAAGCUCAACAACUACCGAAGAAACAACAACUACCGAUGGUUCAACGACCAGUGAAAGCUCGACAACUACCGAUGGUUCAACAACUACCGAUGGUUCAACAACUACCGAUGGAUCAACAAGUACCGAUGGUUCGACGACCACCGAAAGCUCAACAACUACCGAAGGAACAACAACUACCGAUGGUUCAACAACUACCGAUGGUUCGACGACCACCGAAAGCUCAACAACUACCGAAGGAACAACAACUACCGAUGGUUCAACGACCAGUGAAAGCUCGACAACUACCGAUGGUUCAACAACUACCGAUGGUUCAACAACUACCGAUGGUCUGACGACCAGCGAAAGCUCGACAACUACCGAUGGUUCAACGACCACCGAAAGCUCAACAACUACCGAAGGAACAACAACUACCGAUGGUUCAACGACCAGUGAAAGCUCGACAACUACCGAUGGUUCAACAACUACCGAUGGUUCAACAACUACCGAUGGUUCAACAACUACCGAUGGUUCGACGACCACCGAAAGCUCAACAACUACCGAAGAAACAACAACUACCGAUGGUUCAACGACCAGUGAAAGCUCGACAACUACCGAUGGUUCAACAACUACCGAUGGUUCAACAACUACCGAUGGUUCAACAAGUACCGAUGGUUCGACGACCACCGAAAGCUCAACAACUACCGAAGGAACAACAACUACCGAUGGUUCAACAACUACCGAUGGUUCAACAACUACCGAUGGUUCGACGACCACCGAAAGCUCAACAACUACCGAUGGUUCAACAACUACCGAUGGUUCGACGACCACCGAAAGCUCAACAACUACCGAAGAAACAACAACUACCGAUGGUUCAACGACCAGUGAAAGCUCGACAACUACCGAUGGUUCAACAACUACUGAUGGAUCAACAAUCACUGAAGGCUCGACAACUACCGAUGGUUCAACAACUACCGAUGCUUCGACGACCACCGAAAGCUCAACAACUACCGAAGGAACAACAACUACCGAUGGUUCAACGACCAGUGAAACCUCAACAACUACCGAUGGUUCGAUGACCAGCGAAAGCUCAACAACUACCAAAGGAACAACAACUACCGAUGCUUCAACAACUACCGAUGGUUCAACGACUAGCGAACGCUCAACAACUACCGAUGGUCUGACGACCAGCGAAAGCUCGACAACUACCGAUGGUUCGACGACCACCGAAAGCUCAACAACUACCGAAGGAACAACAACUACCGAUGCUUCAACAACUACCGAUGGUUCAACCACCAGCGAAAGCUUGACAACUACCGAAGGAACAACAACUACCGAUGCUUCAACAACUACCGAAGGAACAACAACUACCGAUGCUUCAACAACUACCGAUGGUUCAACGACUAGCGAACGCUCAACAACUACCGAUGGUCCGACGACCAGCGAAAGCUCGACAACUACCGAUGGUUCGACGACCACCGAUAGCUCAACAACUACCGAAGGAACAACAACUACCGAUGGUUCAACAACUACCGAUGGAUCAACAAUCACUGAAGGCUCGACAACUACCGAAGGAACAACGACUACCGAAGGAUCAACAAUCACUGAAGGCUCGACAACUACCGAUGGUUCAACAACUACCGAUGGUUCGACGACCAGCGAAAGCUCAACAACUACCGAAGGAACAACAACUACCGAUGCUUCAACAACUACCGAUGGUUCAACAACUACCGAUGGUUCAACAACUACCGAUAGUUCAACGACUAGCGAAAGCUCAACAACUACCGAUGGUUCAACGACCAGCGAAAGCUCAACAACUACCGAAGGAACAACAACUACCGAUGGUUCGACGACCAGUGAAAGCUCAACAACUACCGAUGGUUCGACGACCAGCGAAAGCUCAACAACUACCGAAGGAACAACAACUACCGAUGGUUCAACGACCAGCGAAAGCUCAACAACUACCGAUGGUUCAACGACCAGUGUAAGCUCAACAACUACCGAUGGUUCAACAACUAUCGAUGGUUUGACGACCAGCGAAAGCUCAACAACUACCGAAGGAACAACAACUACCGUUGGUUCAACGACCAGUGAAAGCUCAACGACUACCGAUGGUUCGACGACCAGCGAAAGCUCAACUACUACCGAAGGAACAACAACUACCGAUGGUUCAACGACCAGCGAAAGCUCAACAACUACUGGUGGAUCAACAAUUACUGAAGGCUCGACAACUACCGAUGGUUCAACAAUCACUGAAGGAUCGACAACUACCGAAGGAUCGACAACUCCUGAUUGCAAUACGGCAGUGACUUCGUCUUGGACUACCACCACUGCCGCACCGAUAAAGGUUCAUUGCAAAGCGUCGGGGUAUGCGAGAGUGGAUAAUGACUGUUCCAACUACUAUCACUGCACAAGCGGAUUCUUCGGCUUUUGGAGAGAAGCUACAACGUAUCAAUGUCCUACCUGUCUCCGAUAUAAUUCCAACACCAAAUCUUGCGACGAUGUUUCAAACGUCCCUGAAUGCUCGAACGGUGAUUCGCCUUUCAACAACUGCACGGGGGUCGGAACAUUUAGAGAUACUAUCAAUCCUCGAAAAUAUUACGUCUGUAAAGAACAAUCAGGGGGCAAGAUCGUUAUGACUCGAGAGGAAUGUUUGGAGUCUCAAGUAUUUAAUCCCGUCACUUCAUCGUGUGAUGAUCCCGCAAAUGUUCAACUACUUUGGCCUCCGGGCGAAUGCUAUGAACCAGGAAUUUUCGCAAACCCGUUCGACUGUAAUAAAUUUUACGUAUGUAACGAUGCUGGUGAUAAGCUGAUAAAAGUCGAAAAGAAUUGUCCCGCGGAUUUGGUCUUUAACGAGUACCGAGGAUAUUGUCACACUUUUGUGGGCGCUUAAGCAUAGUUUCAGCUACUGCUGUGCAUUGACCAACAAAAUAUCUUUUGCUGGGCAUCAUCUCAACGGUUACAUGAAAACAGUUGGAAAUGCUAUGAGGACGAAGCCCGGAUCUCUCAACCUAUUCUAUAAAGAGUCACCAUCAUUUGUGGCACGUUGUACUCACGCAUUAAUCAGGGGCAAUUAAAAUUUUUAAACGAAA